AUGGACCAUUCUGCCUCCACCGAUUUCGCAUCUGCGGAGGGACGACCGCUUCUGCAGCUCCGCAUCUAUGAAAAGUCAUCGCAGAUGCGGCCCUUGCCCAGUUGGCCUUCUUCUGCAUCUGCGGACAACUGGCCCGCUUCUGCGAGUCUGCUUCUGCGACGCGUGUGUCGCUCCUGCGGCUUUUGCCGCUCAUGCGAUUGCUUCCAUCGCACCAGCGCGUUCGCAAGUGCGAUUGCACCAGAAGCUGGGUGUUUCAGCUAUGCACCCAAGGCCAAACGACCUCCGCGCUUUGUCCGAAUGGCAUCCGGGGGCCUCGAGGCCCUGUCCAAACAUACCAACAAAUGGGACAUUCUGACUGGAAAAUAUGGUAGUGUACUAAUAUCAGCGUGCGCCCAAGAUGGUAACCAGCAUAUAUUUUCACUUGCAUUUGUAGUUGUUGACUCAGAGAAUGAUAACUCAUGGACAUAUUUUUUCAAGAAGCUAGCUGAAUGCAUUCCUGAUAGUGAUGACUUGUGCAUUAUAUCAGACAGACAUCAAAGUAUAAAGACUGUUGUUGCCAAUGUCUACACGCUUGCACAUCACGGAUUUUGCAUGUUUCAUAUUAGCAUGAAUUUAAAGUCCAGGUAUGGUGAUUGUGACAUUAUCUAUAAUUUUCAACAAGCUGCAAAAGCAUACAAGCUGGAUGAGUUUUCUCUUUAUUUUGAUGCAAUAAUGGAAUCAAAUGUGAAAGCUGAUUGGUACCUUGAAAAUUAUAUUGGGUUUGAAAAAUGGUCGAGAGCCUAUUUUCCUGGAAAUAGGUACAAUUUGAUGACGAAAAACAUAUCAGAAUCACUCAAUGCAGUUCUUAAGUUUCAAAGAAGCUGGCCAAUAGUUUCUGUACUCAAAGUUAUACAAGAUAAUAUGACCAGGUGGUACAUUGAGCGUAUAGGCAAAGCUCAAAGUAACAUUCAUUGCUUAACCCCAAAAGCUGAAGGAUUAGUUCGAGAACGUUAUGUUGCCUCUUGUUUGCUAGCUCCUACUCGUUUAAACGAACAUGAGUUUCAUGUUCGUGGUGGUGAUAUAGAUUGUUUGGUUAAUUUGGAGCGCAAGUCAUGUACUUGUAGGGUCUUUCAGGUGGAUAAACUCCAAUGCGAGGACGCGAUAACAGUUUUGAAGCUAACCACAUGCCAAGACAUAUGGGAGGAGAUAUAUAAACUAUGUGAUCCUAAAAACAAGAAUGAGACAUGGAAGAAAGCUUGGGAUAGAACAAUUUAUCCUGUUCCUCAUCCAAAAACAUGGACGACGCCAUCAGAAGAAAAGAGAACGGUUCAUCAUCCUUCAGUUAAAUUGAAAAAAGAUCCCAAGAAAGUGAAUCGUAUGCCUUCGGUUGGCGAGAAUCCAAAGAGGAAGAAGCAAAAAAUAAGUUGUUCCAUAUGCAAGAAAAUAGGUCACUACAAAAGGAAGUGUCCCAAAAGAGUAGUUGAUUAA